AUGGCGGACACUGAAGUUGAACAAAAGCAGCGCAAGUCGGUCGCCUUCAGCGAAGGCUCCGUGAUCAUGGACACCAACGGCGAGGUUACAGAUACCCCGGCCGCCGAGAAGUCUGCCGACAAGGAGGUUGAUGAGAUGACCGACAUGUUCAAGGGUCUCUCCAAGAAGAAGAAGACCAAGAAGUCCAGCAAGGAAUCUGGCGACGCUGAGGAGCCCGCCGCCGCCGACGGCGAAUUCGACGCCUCUGCCCUCAAGAAGAAGAAGAAGAAGUCCAAGAAGGACGCCGGUGACUUUGAGGCCAAGCUCGCUGAGGCCGGUAUUGAGGGUGAAGAAGACAAGGCUCCAGGCGAGGAGCCUCUCCCCGAGGGUGACGCUGAGGCCGGAACUGGUAUCUGGGCCCACGAUGCGACCCAGGUCAUUCCCUACCCUCUCCUUGUCUCCCGUUUCUUCACCCUUGUCCAGAGCCACCACCCCGAUCUGCUCGCCAGCGGCACCAAGGCCUACAAGAUUCCUCCUCCCCAGUGUCUCCGUGAAGGCAACCGUCGUACCGUUUUCGCCAACAUCGCCGAGAUCUGUGCUCGUAUGAAGCGUUCCGAAGAGCAUGUCACGCAAUUCCUCUUCGCUGAGUUGGGUACAAGCGGUAGUGUGGACGGAAGCAAGCGUUUGGUCAUCAAGGGUCGAUUCCAGGGCAAGCAACUGGAGUCUGUGCUCCGAAAAUACAUUGUCGAGUACGUCACUUGCAAGACCUGCCGCAGCCCCAACACCGAACUCAACAAGGGUGAAAACCGUCUCUACUUCAUUACUUGCAACUCUUGCGGAUCUCGUCGCUCGGUCGCUGCUAUCAAGACCGGUUUCCGAUCCCAGGUCGGCCGCAGAAAGCGUGUCGGUUAA